UUUUUAUUUUUCCCUUUUUUUCUUUGGUUAAUUUGUUUGGAGGAAGAAGAGGAGUAUGCUUUUUAUUUGUUUACAUCUCUUCUCUGUCGCUUUUCUUCAUUGUUUUACGUUCUACAUUCCGCAAAUUUGUCUUUAAUUUUCCCAUUCGUUAUCGAUUCUUCUCUUUAAACCAAAAUCCAUUCUCCUCAGCCUCUAAUCUUCUUGGGUUUUUGCUUAUACCCUUCAAGAAUCCUUCCAUUUCCAUGGCGGAUGAAGCCCAUCGACCUGUUCUUCAACCCAUUUCUUAGAUGGGGUUUCGUUUUCUUCAAUUUUCUCUUUGAUUUCUUCGAUUUGGAGUGGAUUUUGAAGCUGUUCUUCAACCCAUUUCUCAGUUGGGGUUUCGUUUUCUUCAAUUUUCUCUUUGAUUUCUUCGAUUUGGAGUGGAUUUUGAAGCUGUUCUUCAACCCAUUUCUCAGUUGGGGUUUCGUUUUCUUCAAUUUUCUCUUUGAUUUCUUCGAUUUGGAGUGGAUUUUGAAGCUGUUCUUCAACCCAUUUCUCAGUUGGGGUUUCGUUUUCUUCAAUUUUCUCUUUGAUUUCUUCGAUUUGGAGUGGAUUUUGAAGCUGUUCUUCAACCCAUUUCUCAGUUGGGGUUUCGUUUUCUUCAAUUUUCUCUUUGAUUUCUUCGAUUUGGAGUCGAUUUUGAAGGUUUUGUUGUUCAUCUCUGAUCAUUGCUGAUUUCAACCUGUUUUUCAACUCUUUUCUCAAAUGGGGUUUCGUUUUCUUCAAUUUUCUCUCUGAUUUCUUCGAUUCAGAGUGGAUUUUGAAGCUUUUCCGAGAUGGGUUUUGUUGUUCAUCACUGAUCAUUGCCGAUUCAAACCUGUUUUUCCACUCUCUGUCUCACCUUCCCCUGUUUCUCUUGAUUUCUGAAGCUCUCAACUCAGACAAUGAGGGAUUUCCCAUCUUGUUUUGGGGAAAACGGCGUCCAAGUUGCAGAUUUCUCUUCUUCCAACAAUGGUAAGACAGCUCAAAACCUUGUCACUUGUGUUUAUCAAUGUCGAUUACGAGGGCGUUCUUGUCUGAUUAGUAUUACUUGGAGUAAAAAUCUGAUGGGUCAAGGGCUAAGCAUUGCCAUUGAUGAUACCUCAAAUCAAUGUGUCUGUAAAGUUGAUAUCAAGCCAUGGCUGUUCUCUAAACGAAAAGGGUCUAAAAGUUUAGAAGCUUAUUCUUGUAAAAUUGAUGUAUAUUGGGAUCUUUCCAACGCCAAAUUUGGAUCUGGGCCUGAGCCAUUGGAGGGUUAUUAUGUGGGAAUUGUUGUUGAUAAACAAAUGGUUCUUGUUCUUGGGGAUUUGAGAAAAGAAGCUUUCAAAAAGUCAAAUUCCUCCCUUGUUCCUUCCUCUGCUGUAUUCAUUUCCAAGAAGGAGCAUGUUUUUGGGAAGAAAUUGUUCUGUUCCAAAGCUCAAUUUUGUGAUAAUGGUCAGAUUCAUGAUAUUAAUAUUGAGUGUGAUACGAAUGGUGUUAGCGAACCGUGCUUGAUUCUUCGAGUCGAUUCGAAGACCGUGUUGCAGGUGAAGCAGCUGCAAUGGAAGUUUAGAGGGAACCAUACUAUUUUGGUUGAAGGGCUUGCAGUGGAAGUGUUUUGGGAUGUUCAUAGUUGGUUGUUUAGUUCAUCAGCUGGGAACAAUGCUGUUUUUAUGUUCAAAACAUGUUUGUCUGCUGAAAAGUUGUGGGGAAGUCAACCAGUUUGUGAUCCUAAUGUCUUGUCUUGGUCUUUCUCACAGAGAUUUUCAGACAGCAAAACACAAGAUCUUGGUUUCUCAUUUAUGUUACAUGCUUGGAAGAAUGAAUAGAGGAGUGGUUUUUGUAUUCUUUUUCUAAUUUUUAACAAAAAAAAAGAGAAACUCGUAGCGAUCGAGAGAUUUUUAUCAUCUCUUUUCGCUUCGAUUACGUUCGAUCCGAUACAAGAUCGUCAUUGUCUUCUUGAGUAAACUGAGCCAUUUGAUUGUAUGAACGUUUUCAUUGCUGGCUAGUACAUAUCUAAUAUAUGAUCACUUGUUUUACAUCUUGCUGUUCAAUUUGUUCUGCUC